UUUUCAAGAUGAGAACAAGUUGAUUCAAAGAUAAUCAUUCUGUUAAUCGCAAUUCAAAUCAAUCCGAUGAAUUAUACAAAUUGAAACUUGGUGAAAAUCGGUUAUGUUUGCAUUCUAGAUGAAAUCAUGACAUUUAUCAUCUCAAGCAGAAAUUAGAACAAUUUUUUUCCACCAUGAACCAAGUUGUUGAUGUUUACUUUUUCUCUUUUUUAAUUUGGUUAUUUUUUCUCAAUUAUUCUAUUGUUGAUUAAUUAUCGUUAAGAAUCUGUUCUUUUGUUUAUUUCGUUAUUUCUUGGUUCUUUUCUAUCUCUUUUUCUUCUCUCCUUGUUUCAUGUAAUUCAUCUUAUUUGGUAUCUUUUCUGCCCCUUUUUCUGCUGUUCUUUUUUGGUUUACUUUUUGGUUAGAAUCUGGUUUUUUUUCGUUGUGGCCAAUGGCUGAUCCAAAGGAGUUACUUCUUGGUGGAUUAGCUGCAUGUGGAGCUGGUUUGGUAACUAAUCCAUUGGAAGUUAUUAAAACUCGUAUCCAAUUACAAGGUGAAUUACGUUCUCGGGGACAAUACACUAAACAUUAUAAGAAUGUUUUCCAUGCUUUUUAUGUGAUCGGUAAAACAGAAGGUGUUUUGGCCUUACAAAAAGGUUUGGUUCCUGCUCUUUGGUAUCAAUUCUUUAUGAAUGGUGUUCGUCUUGGUGUUUUCCAAUCUAUUGAUAAUCUUGGGCUUACUCGUAAUUCUAAAGGUGAACUCGUUUUUGGGUUAACUGUUAUCUCCGGUGCUUUAUCUGGAGCAACUGGAGCUGCUCUUGGAUCUCCCUUCUAUUUAAUUAAAACCCAGCUUCAAGCUCAAGCUAAUUCAUCAAUUGCUGUAGGCCAUCAGCAUUCACACCAGUCUUUUACCGAUGCUUUUAUUAAAACUUUUAAAAAUCAAGGAAUUACUGGUCUAUGGAGAGGUUCGUCUGCCCAAAUGUUACGUGUUACUAUUGGUUCAUCUGCACAAUUAACAACUUUCACCAAUGCACGAGUCAUUUUCGAUAAAUAUUCACCUUUUCCAAGUGAAUCAAUUCUAAACACCAUUUCUUCCGCUAUCUUUUCCGGAACAGCGGUUGUUUGCAUGAUGACACCUUUUGACGUUGUGUCAACUCGCAUGUAUAAUCAACCUGUUGACAAAAUAACCAGAAAAGGUCUUCUUUAUACCGGAAUAUCUGAUUGUUUUCGUAAAAUAAUGCAAACCGAAGGACCACUUGGAUUCUACAAAGGAGUCUCAGCCUCUUACCUAAGAGUUGGCCCUCACACCAUAUUGACCUUUCUUUUUUGGAGACAAAUAAGAAAGUACUUUGUCACUGACAAUAAGGACAAAACUGUGAUUUCAACUAAAUAAUUUAAUUGCCGUUUUUUUAUUAUUCGCAACAAAAACAUAAUUCGCCACAAUUUGUCUUACAAUUCUAACCAAUUUUAGCUUUUCUAGUCUCAUUUUUUUGCUAAUAUUUUUGUGUCAAUUCAAUAGCCAAUUACAAUUACAAAGACUAUUAAUUGUUCACAAAAAGAGUAACUAAUCAACGAAAUUUUUUGUUCCCUGUGACUCCUUCACACUCUAGAUAAAUACAAAGUUUUAACUAACUAAUUUUUGUUAAUAGUUAUUUUAUGUACAUUAAUCAAUUCAAAUUACCAAUUGUAUCUAUUACGUUGAGAUUAAUCAAAUUACGAUAACUUUGAUUUGUAUCACUUUAAAUUGUCCGCUACCAAUGAUUAACCAAAGACAAUUAUUUUGAUACAAAAUCAUUACAAAAGCAAUAAAACCUAAGCAAGACCAUUAAAAUUGAGAUUAAAAUCAACUGGUAAUUAACUAA